AUGGCGACAGAAGAAUCCAACCAUCGUCAAUGUACACACCGAUUGGUAACGAAUGAACAAGAACCAUUGAAAGGAAUACCAAAAAUAAAGAUUAUUCGUUUGACCAUUGAUCCUUCGGUCCGUGUCCUAAUAAAGGAUUCCUUUCAAAAUUGCCGCUUUUUAACACAAGUAGUCCUCCACAAGCAUCUAACAGAGAUUGGAGAGAAUGCCUUUCAACGUUGUGCGGCAUUGGAAACUCUCCAAAUUCCACCCUCUGUGCAAGUGAUUGGCAAACAAGCCUUUCAAUGUUGCAAAUCGUUGGUGGAGGUGAAUCUCUCAGAAGGAUUGAAAUCCGUUGGUGUCCGCGCGUUUGAAAAUUGUGUCAAGCUAUCCAUAAGCUCACUUCCUUCCUCUGUGGAAUCCAUUGGUGGAUCGGCCUUUUUGAAUUGCGAAUCCAUUGUGGAAUUUGAACUCAAGAUGAUGCCCCGCGAUGGCCAUGGGAUCGAAAUGAAACUGGGGGACAAUGUGUUUCAAGAUUGUUACAAAUUGCAACGAUUGGCAAUCGUGUCUUCUCCAACCAAACUAGUACCUAAUACAAGGGGUCUCUGUCGCGGUUGUCUUACCCUCACUGAUGUGUAUCUACCAAACGGAUUGCAAGAAAUCGGUGCCAGCACCUUUGUUUACUGCAAACUGUUGCGGACAGUGUCCGUUCCCAUGACAGUCAAGACUAUUCGCAGCGAGGCAUUUUGUAGCUGUUCGUCUCUAGCCGAAGUUGAUCUCCGAGAAGGCCUGGAAUGUAUUGAGAGCCUUGCCUUUGGAUAUUGUGAAUCAUUAUCCACAAUCUCCUUGCCCACUUCGCUCAAGGUGAUUGAAGAUGCAGCCUUUGCUUACUGCAAAGGCUUGGUAGGAGUCGAAUUUGGAUCCAACAUGAAAACUCGAUUCGAAAGAAGACCUUUUUCCCAAUGUUCCUCAUUGGUCACCGUCUCCCUUCCUUUGGAAUGCGAACCGGCCGAUUUUACCAUGUGCAUGGGGCUGCGACCAGCCCUCAACAAAACAAGUGAAGACAAGACCCCGGAUAAAUAUCACAAUCGGUUUGCAAAUCUUCCCAUUCAUGCCGCUUGUUAUUAUGUUUCGAAUACCACUGUGGAAGCGCUGGAGGCAUUAUUGGAUGAGUACGAUAACGAUGAUGGCAAACUACUACACGAUUCCUUUCGAAUGACGCCAUUUCACAUUCUCGCAACUGCUGGAAAAGUGCGGUUGGAUCUCAUGAAGAUUUUGCUCAAAAGAUACCCUCUGAAUAGUCUUCCUUUGAGAGAUAGAACUUGGAAGACCAUGAUGGACUAUCUAAUGACGAACCGCAACCCACAGGUUAACCCAUUGAAAGCUUUGGUGUAUGAAAGGAUUGUUGGUGCUGCCAUGACUGGAUGGGGCCUGCAAGGAUGGAAAUUGGACGUUCUGUCGCACUUGGAAUUGGUGAAUUGGGCCCGACCUCCAAGCGGACUCACUCUACGGAACCGUGCGUUCUUUUUGUCAGACCGCAGAAGAACCCUGGGUCGAAUUCAAGAUUCCAUGGCAGCUUAUCUGAAAGUGGAGCUCACAUCGAUUCUGGAACUUGCAUUGUGGAAGAAGGAAGGAAUGGAAUGGUCAAAUGGUGCCCUGGGAGAAAUGAAUGGAAUUGAUAGAGGCAAGUGUCGUACCACCUGCGGCGCCGAUGCCGUAAUUCCUCACGUCGCUGAACUUCUAUGGGAAGCAAACACGGCGAGCAAAUCACUGAUUAAGCCUCUCUUGCCAUGUGACCUUGACUGGUUCACUGUACAGAGAGAUCGUCGAUAG